AUGCCUGAGGCACUAGCGGCAUUCCCGAACGAACAGGUCUACCAACCGGUUGAUCAUUUUGCUAUCGACAAGGAUGAAGAGCCGUCAUGUGAGGAAAACUUUGAUAUGCAUGAAAGAAAGCCCACGCUUAGGGUAAACAGGCGUGCCUCAUCUGCAGAUCUUUCCUCAGAACUCGAGUAUCUGCGCAGACACAAGGAGGAAGCUGGUAUGGAUAGGCGCCAUUAUCUUACCACGAGAGGAGAGCACAAUUCGCAUGUGAAAACCUCGGUGGUGGUAAAUCGUGACGAUGGUUGGGAUAUGGGCCGCUCCUUGACACAAUUGAGACAGACCGCCAGCCCACCAAUGCUCGGAAACAAUCUUGAAUUCCCUCAAAGUUUGACACCGGAAAGCACAAUAUGUGAAGGAACUCAUAUAACCGGGAGCAACCAAGACCAGACUACAUUUCCAUCGUCCGCUGGCCUCUGGUGCUCCACUCCGCAGUUUUCUGUCGGACUUGAUCGUGGUGGCCUCUGGAACGGGACCUGCAAACCCAACAAUCAUGACCCACAGUUCUCCAAAUAUUUACUACCGGGAUUGAUUACCCCGAAACAUGAUUUCGUGGAGGAUACACAGAGGGUCUUGGAUGAAUCAUACGGGGCCGGACCCCCGCACCAAUACCACCAAAAUUCCCAUAUCGUCGCCAUUCGACGCAGGGACGAUGCCAAACAUGAUGAAAGCUACAACCAGGAAUUCGAUGACAGAUUUGUCACGCAAAUAUAUGACUACCUGUCGCUCGGUUACCCCAGUGUUGCUCGCUAUUAUGACUAUGAACUAAGUAAGGUUUCUGGUUUAUCAGUGGCGACACUUAGGGCAGACGAUCUAAAGACGGACGCCAAAGGCCAUGUUGGCGUGCACGCAGUUACCUGCAGGAGUAAAACGAACGGGGCAUGUAUGAGAUGGACCGCGCUGCGGUUGUAUAUUCAUGAAUGGGUGCGCCAACACCCUCAAAUGUCUGAUGAAGGUCAUGGCCACGAGACAUGGGGUGUACGUGAACGCAAGGGGAGCUGGGCAGUUUGA